AGUCUUUAUAUACUGUUCACGAUUCAUUCGGUUUUGUGAAGAAUGAACACUCCAUGAGUAGAUUAGAGAUUAUUUUGUUUACGUUUCGGUUUCCAGUUGUCUGCUGACAGUGCUGUUUCCAUUGCUCAUACGUUGUUCAGGUUGGUGUAAAAAUUAAGAGAGUUGAAAUUCAUAAUUGUAGGGAAGUAAAAUAUAAAACCUGACAUGUCGUGGUUUCAAGAACUAGCUGGGAAAGCAGAAAAUAUUUUAACCAGAAUUGAUCAGAAUGCAGCUACAGUGCUUCAACAGCCGUCUCUUUUGUCUGAAGAAAAUGCUGAUGUUGACGAUCUAGGCCGAUUGAUAGAAGUAACAAGCGAUUUGGAUAACUCACACAGGAAUGCUUCCAUUAGCAUUAUCAAAUCCCCAUCGGUCAAAGUAAUGUCGCUUAGCACUAAAAGAGAUUUAAUUAGAUGCUCGCCCACGGCGUCCCAAGAAAAAGAAUUGCUUGAUGAUAGAACAGAUUUGGAAAACGUGUCAGUGAAAUCAGACAGACUUAAUUCAUCGCGUAGAAGCUCACUCAGUUCAAAAAAGGAUGGAACUGUUGUGGAGUGUAUCGCGCAGUCUGCUUUGAAGAAUAUAGCUCAGGAUAGCUUUUCUCUAGAAAAAGAAUUAGCUGCUACAAAAAUUAUACUGGCGCAAAUUAAAUCAGAAAGAGAUGAGUUGAAAGUUGAACUCGAUAGUGUCCAGACACAACUCUCCAAUUCCAACUUUAAGGCAAAAUUAGAAGAAUUAGAACUACAGUACCAGGUUUUGUUCGAGCAAAAAAGUGAUCUGCAAAUGAGGCUUUUAAAUGCAGAGGAAACCAAUGAGAAAUACAUCAAAUCUAUCUCAGAACUGGAGUCGACAGUUUCAAAACAUUUGCAAACUGAGCACGAGCUGAGCCAGAAACUAGAAAUGGCAAGAAUGGAAACUAAUAAUGUUACAACGGAAUUGCAACAGUAUCGUAUAAGAGCUCAUGCUACACUUCAACUCAAAGAGCAAAUGAUUGAGCAACUAAAGAACAACGAAACGGUAAAUGGAAUCAAUAGUAACGACAAAUCGAAUCAAAUUGAUCAGAUAGAGCUUGAGCAGUUAAAAAGUGAGAGGCACGGUCUUCUUGAUGAAAUUCUGAAUCUAAAUAAAAAGUAUGAAAAUUCUAAAACAUUCUGGCAAAACAUGGAGUCUCAGUUCAAGGAAACUAUACAUGAAUUGGAAAAGAAAAAUUAUGAUUUACAGCAAAAUCUCAGUAUCCAAUCAACGAAGACAUUGCAGCUUGAAGAUGAUCUAAAUAUUCGACAAAAAGAACUGAUAUCCACGAGACAAGAAAUUGCUAGACAACGAUCUGCGUUUUCGGUGCAAACACAUGAAAAAGAUACCGAAAUUUUGAAACUGCGAAACCAAGUUCAAAAACUUCCAACCAGUCCCUCACUGGAUCUUGAACAGCGCUUAAGCUCACUAACGCAAUCUUUAGUACACAAGCAAACCACACUUGAAACUAUUACGGCUGAAAGAAAUGCACUUCGGCUUCAGUUAGAAAAAUUGGAGACACAGUAUCGUAGUACCGUCUCGCAAAUUCGGCAACAGCGUGUAUCUUACAUGAGUACCAAUGAAACUGAUGAUGCCAAAUCCCAAGUGCCAAAUUUCAUGGUAGAAAACCCAUUUGAUAACAAAGUAGCCAGAAGAGUAAAAAGAGCAUAUUCCUCGUUAGACUCAGUAGGUAUACGACUGGGAGUAUUUUUGCGUCGUUAUCCGUUGAUACGAAUAUUAGUUAUUGUAUAUGUUGCAGUUUUACACUUGUGGGUGAUGUUUGUAUUGUUGUCUUCCACACCGUCAUGAACAACAGACCAAAAGAUUAGUAAAAACAAACACUAACAUAUCAUUGGCACAAAAAUCUGUGUCUUUAAACAAUUGUCCAGCAUUUUACGAAAAGUUAUGUCACAUCGAAAGUAAACUUUCAAGAUUCGCGUUAGUUAUCUGCGAAUUCCUAUGUUAACGUUAUGACGAUGUAAGUCGUGAAUAACUGAAAUACUAUUUUUAUUGAAUCUUUCUAUUUGUCGGUGGUCGUUUAAAUAUGAUCUAAUAGAGUUUAUUCAAUUUAAUUAUCCUCGAAAUUCAACAUUGUAAUGCCAAGUCUUUCGAACGCUUCGUUGGAGUAACGGUUUGUUUGAUUGAGUGAGUGCCUUUUUGGAAUUGUUUAAAACAACUUGCGUUUCUGUGCUGAUCAGCUGGUUAACAACACGGGUGGUCUGUCUCAUUGGUCAUGAUGCAUGAUUUGUCGAUUUCCAAAAGGUUCUUUCAAUACAUUCGUUCCGUAAUGCAAUAAUUUGCAUACGGUGUUCAAUUUGCUGUAUAAGCUGUCAAAUUUUUUUUUUCCUAUGAAGAGUAUAAAUAUAUUGUUGCUUUUCGAGCAUAGACCUUUUGAUAUCUAAAUAAGUAGUUUAAGCUCGAAGCUUCAUAAAAAAAAUUUCAUUUAACUGUCACUUUUUCAUUUACAAUUUAAAUUACACUAAACUGAACUGUACUGCACUGACUGGAAUCCUAAUCGAGACCAACUCUAUUCACUCAGUGAACUACCUGUCGAACCCUAUGCUGUUACUAAUUCUGCAUCGUCAGGAUUUCAGAAAUGAAUGUGCUCCGUGUAAGUCCAUCCAUACUGCUGUUGCCGGGCUGUGACGUCUGGCUGGCAACGUUCUGCUAACUCAGGAAUACAGGUCCAUACGUGUUCGUAUCCGGGCACGUUGUCAUCGCCGAUGUGUUGUAUCUAUGCUGGGUUCAGGAUAUUUGUCCUUCGUCGCGUGGUAUCCAUGUGGUGAGGAUUCUGGAUCGAGUGCGUAUCUUUCCAUAACUUCCCCCAUGUUAGAUUGAACCGUCUCGGUUCAAUUCAGACUGUGGUAUCUUUAUUGGAAGUUUCAUCUGAAGUCUCUGUACUUUUUGUAGGAGAAGAAUGAACAUACGCUACGAUAAUGAGUACCGUGAGGCGUCCUAAUUCUGCGCGGCUCCUAACUCUGCGCACUUCGUACCAAAAUGUUGAUGCCGUUUAGUAAGAAAGGAAACAAGCAGAAAGUUAACAGUUAAUAUAUAGGGAAUCACUUCCAAACUUCAUAUUUGAAAAUCUGCUUUUAAUUGAUAUUUGUUUAACAUUUUAAUACGAAGUGCGCAGAAUUAAGAACCGCGCAGAAUUAGGACGCCUUACGGUACAAUCGAUGUCAUACUUCCAUAUCCAAAAGCUUUAGUUCUGUUACUGGUAAUUGCGAGUUGAUUUAGCUUGUGACGGUUUUGUACAUGUGAUUCCUCUAAAUUUUCUAAUGGUUUCAGUUCUGUGUCCGUUUCAUUGAUUUAGACCGAAAGGAGAGGAAGAAUUCUUGGCUUAGAUUGUGCUUUGAUUGGUGUGUUGUUUUUUAUUGUUUACCAUUAAUAACGACGGAACAACCUUCGUGCGUUAUGAGCAAGGUUUCGGUUAGGUUUCUUGGUCAAAAUCCGUAAUCGUUUAAUACUGUAACAGGUUCUGCGGAAUUUUUAAUUAGUACUCCAAAGCUGCUGAUUGGUUUGAUUUCUGCUUUUGUUGAUGUCUCAGUAAAGGUACAAUUUUCAGGAUUUCCUCUAAAUAUUGGAUGUAGACAUCCGUCGGUUGAUACGUUGAGUAUCAUUUAUUCAUUCCGUCAAUCAGAAGUAGACAAUAUACAAUAUUCUAAUAUUCCAAUACAAUGUUUACGUACAAACUAUUUUUUUAUUCAAUAAGCGUUGCGAUUGCGUAUUGAGCUAAAAAAGUGUUUAAGAUCAUGCCGAGACAUUGUAAAGUCAAUGGUAACUUCUGUAUGUCGUAUAUGAGUGCUUUUUCUAUGUUUGUACACGCAUUGAUAAUUAAAUAUGAUUCAUUACCACCAAUCAUAGCGCUUGUUGAGUUUAUCAAAAUAAUUUUGUCAUUUUUUGGAAUUGUUUCCAAUUGAAGAUGUACGUUUUUUGCCUCGUUGAAGCUUUGGGAUUUUUAUGAGAAAUAUUAUAUCGGAGCUAUUAUGGAAAGUCACUGGCUCUAGAAAUUCGAAAGUUUCGUCAUCAUAGCUGUCAAUUUUUAUACCUUGAGAUUCCAGUAGAUGUGUAGCGAUUUCUAUUUCUGAUGGUUGCAGAAAUGCUUCAGAGAUGAUGCCCAACUUUGAAAGUUGCAUAGAUUCAAUAAUAAUGUCCAAUUGGUGUUGUACUGCGUCGAUAUUAAAGAUAGCGUUUUGUAGUUUCGCUAGGUGGUCCCAGCCAACUGAUCUGUCUAGCCCUAACAUGUUUUGCAAUAAAAUAUUGUUAAUUUCUACUGAUUGCUUAUAAGCUAGUUUGGUUAGAUUAUUCAUUCUGCUCUCGAAUAACUUGUUCAUUGUUCUCAGUUACAAAAGCAUUAUUUGAUUUUUGUAGUAAUUCAAAUUGAUUUUCGAUUUUUGCUAAGUCUUCAUUAUCAAGGUUUCCGGUGAUCAUUUUUAUGGCUGAUCCUAAGAAGUUUAUAGACCUUCUCAAUCUACGUUUGGGUAUGAGGUUUUCUAAUGUGAGGUAAGCCUGGUUCUGGUUUUGUUUGAUUACGUUAACAAUCUCGAUAAUAUUCGGGUUUUCUUCUAGUUUUACAACCAUGGUUUUGUAUUGUGUAAGUAUUACUUUGAAUGGAUAAAGGCUAAAUUUGUGUAUUAGGUUGUGAAAACUUUCUUUUAUAAAAACUUGACCGGUUUCUAAGGCAAGGAUACCGGGAUUACGGUUCAAGUCAAGGAUUUCCAUGUGGGAUGAUUUGGUUGGAUUGGGUUCUCCGGAGGCCAAAUAGAAUGUUAUGAAGAUAAAAAAUUUUGGCAGCAUUUUCUGAAAAGUAAAUCAAGCAAAUUUUUUUCCUGUAUGGACUUCCUCACUGCGGCUAGAAUCGUAGAUCUAUUGUGAGAUAUACCCGGAUGUCUGCUGUAUCCCGCACUUCUGUUAACAGCAAUACCGCUAUUGAGAAGUGGCAUGCUUAUUAUUAUUCUUCAUUUGUCCUUUUGUGUAAUGUGAUACUCUUCCUUGCACGCUCACUGUUCUACUAUACCGAUACUCGUUCCUCUUGCCAAAUAUCACCAAUUAUAAUUCCCUGGAGAAACUCCGUCGUGCGUCCUUCUGGCCAGUUUCAUUGAUAAGAGGGACUUAUUUUUUGUUAAGAGGAAGUCACGCAAAGGUAUUGUAGAUUUCAGCGUAAAGGAAGGGUAACUGGUGGGGAGCCUGAGAAAAAACCCAUGCGCUUAAGUCCUUUUUGACAUCGGAUGGCCUGGUUCAACUAAGAUUCUCGAACCCACGACCAUACGCUUGAAAAGCGGACUCUGUAACCUUGCGGCUACACAGCUCCUCGCAGCAAAAUUAGUGUAUCGUUGUUUUUCGGGUUGUACUUCUGUUACCUGAAAUAAAAAGAACUAAAAAGUGAGAAAAAGUAUUAGUGUUAAUUUUGUUUUUCAACUUUUUCGUUUCAAUUUAGUUUUGUGUAUUUUCCCAUCUUUGUUAUCAAGUAUGUUAACAUCGUUAUUUUCUUUAAUUAUGAAUGUUUUAUACCUCUCCUGGUGUUUUAGGUUAUUUCUCUUUUUUUUCAUAUGCGAUGUCACCUGGGAGAAAGGUCUCGGGUUGUUCUCUGUUUAUGUUAAGUUUUUCGAUUUAUAGUUGCUUUCGUUGUAAUUCGCGGUCUUUGAAAUUCUUGUAGAAUUGCUCUUUCAUUUGAAUAUGAUAUGGUAUGGUAUCUGUAUUUCGAUACCUAUAAAAUAAUUCUUUUGGAGUGAUAUU